GUUUGUCUUAGAAUUAGUUGUGAAUUGCUUUUAAAAGGUUUAGUGCUACAAAAUGGAGAAUAUAAUUGAGGAUUUAAAUAUUGAUGAUUUAGAUUGUGAAAUCACCAAUCAAUAUUUAUAUAUGAUGGCUAAGAAAAUGGAAGAAAAUUAUCCACGUGUAAUUAGCAAUGUUUCCCUCCCUUCCCUAAACUUGGAUGAUUACUUGACACAGGAUUUAAAUGCAGAGUUUAACCCAUCCUUAUCAAUCGAUACUUUGCUUUCAGAAUUGGAGGCAUACUUAAAUCCGUCUUCAUUUGGACAUUCUAUUGAUCAAUUUAAAGACAAUUCAAAUCAACCAAGAGCUAAUCAUUUUAAAGAUAAUCCAUCAUCAUCCGAUCCUUCAACAUCUGCUCCUUCAACAUCUGCUCCUUCUAAGCAAUUAAUAUCGCAAAGUAAAGCAUUUGUUUAUAAACCUGCAAGGCUUCGUCAUCGAAAAAUAUAUAAGAAACCUGCUACCAACGAGAAAAGAAAAUACCGACAAAAAAAAUCACUGAAGUUAUAGAUUUAACUAAAGAAGAAAAAUGAAAAAAAUCAUUUUAAAAAGAAGUGUUGAAGGUAAAAAACUUUAAAAAUAUCAUUUUUUAGAUUUUUUUACUAAUAUAUGUAUUUUAUUUAUAUUUCCAGAAGCUGCAUCCUCUCUACCCCCAUCGUCUGCAAUCGAUUUGAAGAGAAAGCAUGAUGAAGAAGAUUUGGCAUCACCAUCAACAGAACAUGAUAAUUCUAGAAAUAGUAUUACCGAAGAUUCUCAUCCAAGCUGUGUGUCCAUCUCUCCAUCAGAAGAAGAAAGCAAUAACUGGAUAGCAGUUACUUGUUUCGCUAACAGAGUAUUUGCAGGUAGAUUACUAAAUAAUGAAAAUAUUAAAGAUAUUUCAAUU